GGCAAGACGGAGUCCAGCAAGGAGAAAGAGGUGUCAGAAGCCAGCCAGGAGGACGAUGAUGACGAGGAGGGCAGCGCUGAGACGGACAAGGUGGAGGAAGACAGCGAAGAGGAGGAAGAGGAAGAGGAGGAGGAGAAGGAGGCCGAGGAUGCAAAAGCAGACGAGGAAGACAAGGCCUCCGCCGAAGAGAGCCCGACAGAAAAGGAGGGCGAGGACGAAGAUUCAGAUGAUGAUGAGGAGGAGGAGAAGAAGAAGAGUGCGUCGGCAAAGCCCGCCAAAAGCUCCAAGGCGCCUGCCAAAAAGGCAGACGACGAUGAUGACGACUCCGACUCCGAUCGGGAUGUCGAUGGGAGUGAGGAGGAUGAUGACGAUGCCAAUGACGACGACAACGAUGACGACGAGGAGUCCUCGGAUUCCGAGUCGGACGAGUCGGAGGCGAAGGCGAAGAGCAAAAAAACCGCGAAAGAUUCAAAAAAGAGCGACAAAAAGGACAAGAAGGAGAGCAAGAGCUCGAAAAAGAAGGACAAGAAAUCUAAGAAAGAGGUGAAAAAGCCUAGCAAAGACAAGAAAAAAAAGAAGGACGAGAGCGAUUCUGACGAGGACAGCGAAAGUGACAGCAGUUAG